UAAGAGACUAAUUAUGGAGCCAGAUUACUAUAAAUAAAAACCAUCAAUAAACAAAAGCGUCAAAGUGAAAUAAUUUCCUCGUGUGCGUGCUGGUGGAAAAGUCUUCGAUCUUGGAGAAAACAAGGCCGAUCGAUUUCUCAAUCAAGAUAAUUUGGAGACCCUUUGUAUAUCUUGAUAUUUAUAGUUGAGACCAUGGCCGUAGCUUCUGAUCAUGCCGACACCACCAAGAUUUGCAGUCACUGUGAUAGAGCUAUUCCCUCUUCAAAUAUUGAUCUGCAUUAUGCUCACUGCUCACGUAAUUUGGAAAAGUGUAAAAUUUGUGAUGAUAUGGUGCCCAGAAAACACGCAGAUGAACACUACUCAACCACCCAUGCUCCGGUAUCUUGUUCACUGUGCAAUGAGAUGAUGGAACGCGAAAUCCUAGCUGUGCACAAAGGUGAAAAGUGUCCGAAAAGAAUUGUGACAUGUGAUUACUGCGAGUUUCCUUUGCCUGCCACCGAUCUAUCUGAGCAUCAGGAAGUUUGUGGAAAUAGGACAGAGCUAUGUCAUCUGUGUAACAGAUAUAUUAGACUCAGAGAGAGAAUUGCCCAUGAAGUCACAUGCAACGGUGUUCCUAAUAAUACAGCUGAAAUUCCCAGGGCUACACGUGAAGCUGAAAGAGAGCAUGCCGCCAGAAGGCCGCCACCACCACCACCACAAGACUUCUCUACCAGGCGGCUUUUAUUCACCAUAGCCAUAACCGGCAUUGCCAUUCUUCUUGGAUCACUUCUUUUCAAAGAAAACCAGCCACCGGUCAACUGAAGUAAAAAGUCAAAGGUUGAGAUCUUAUGAAGUCUCAUGUGUCAAAAUAUCUACAUAUAGAAAACUAUAUAUAUACAUAUUUGCCAUUUGAUUUCGAGUUUGUAUCAUCCCAGACAUUGCUGGUGAUCAUUCUGUUUAAUUCGGUAUAUAUAAAAAGAUUUAAAUUUAAUGGGUAA